AUGUACAAGGACCUUAUUGACAGCCUCCUUUCGAAAGCAAAGGUCCAGCGAGCAAAGAAACUAGACGGGGCUCUAAGAUAUCUCUCGGAAUAUACGCCUGACGCGAUAUUCGCCACUGAUGCUGCUCUCCUGAAAACAAAGUAUGCCACAGUUCUCGAGAAAAUAAUCUCCUACGUUCGGAGUGGCGGUACAAUCGUGUUCGGGGCCACCUUUAGUUCCUUCGCUAAGCCGGACCAUCUCAAUCGUUUCUUCGAGUUCAGCUGGGGUCUCCCCUGGAAAUCUGGGAGCUAUCAUCGAACAACUGUGCAUGUCAAUACGAAUUGCCAGGGACUGUCCAUGGAGAGGUUACAGACAUCGUAUAGCCAGAAAGCUCUCUAUCUCAAGAAUGUUCCGCCUGAAAGCAGACUUUAUGCGGCAGACGAAGAGUCAACGAUAGAAUCCCAUGUCUUCUACCCGGAACCUAUUCACGAUCUCACUCAAGCUGCCAUUGUGUUUGCACCCUAUGAGAGCGGCCGAAUUGGGUAUAUCGGAGACGUGAAUGGGGAAGAUGGAUCCCACGCUGUUAUCCUGGCCAUGUGCAAGCUGUAG